UCCCUCCUCUCUCUGCAGUCUGAACACGGAACAGUUUUUCCCUGUUGCUCUUCUAACUCUCUGAUCUCCUGCUCUUUGCAGCGGCUCCAGAUCUGUAGAUUCCCUCAGCAGGAUGAGCAGCAACCCGAUCGCCGACAGGAUGCAGGCCCGGCUGGAGAGGGCAAAGGUCAUGAGCGACAAGGACAAACUGUACAGACACAACGGGGUCCUGUACCCCACCCUCAUGUGUCCAGAGGAACAUUUAAAGUGUCUGGACGGCAUGAAGGCCAGAGACGACGACAUCCUGCUGGUGGCUUAUCCUAAAUGUGGAUUUAACUGGAUGGUUGGAGUUAUGAAGAAGAUCAUUGCAGAGGGAACCCAGAACAAGAACGAGUCCAAGAUGCCCCCGCUCAUCGAGUUCUUUGGCCCAGAAGUCUUGAAGGCCGUGGUUGAAGCUCCGUCUCCGAGGUUUCUGGGAACUCACCUUCAUCCAGACAUCAUGCCGUCGUCCUUCAGCGAGAAGAAAUCAAAGAUGGUUGUGGUCUUCAGGAACCCAAAGGACACUUUGGUCUCCUACUAUCAUUUCUGCAACAACAACCCGGUUCUGCCGUCUGUGGAGUCCUGGGAUUCUUUCUUCUCCCAGUUCAUGAAAGGAGACGUUGCCUGGGGCUCGUACUUUGACCACGCCUUGGCCUGGAACCAGCGGAUGGACAACCCCAACGUGUUGCUGGUGACCUUCGAGGACCUGAAGCAGGAUCUCAGCGCAGGGAUCCGGCGGAUCUCCAGCUUCGUGGGCUUCAGCCUGACGGAGGCUCAGGUGCAGCAGGUGGCGGCGGCCAGCACCUUCAACGCCAUGAAGGAGAAUUCAGCCAACUCCCACGGCAACAUUGGAAACGUCAUCUUCAGGAAAGGUGAGGUUGGAGACUGGAGGAACCAUUUCAGUCCAGAACAGAGCCGAGAAAUGGACGAAGCUUUCAGCAAACAUCUGGCAGGAACCAAACUGGGAGCAAAGCUGGACUACCAGCGUCACUGUCAGUAGGAAAGAGGAGAGGAAGAAUAAGAAGAAGAAGAAGAAGAAGGGAACGAUGGAGAGAUGAAUCAACAUCAGUCGGUUCUGCCUGACAGACUGAACUCAGGGCAAAACUCCCACAGCUCAACAGAAGAAGGAAGAAAUAAAAAUAAGACAGAAUAAUUUGUUUAGAAUCAGUUUUGUUUCCCUGCAGAUAUUAAAAAUGAAGUUUGAA